AUGCUGGAACUUGUCAUUCUAGCAGCCAUUGUGGUGGCUUCCUCGUUGCUCAUUUUAUUCGUGCCACCUUCACGGGUCUACUGCAGUAUUGCCUUAGUUCUCGUUAUCAUCUACGGAUUGCGGCUGUGGCGGAUUUUACCCAGUGACAGGCGGCGCGUGGCGAGGGAGGCGCACCGGCAGGCGGACGCCAUGAUGAUGGCACAGCGGGCGGCCGCUGGAUCAUCUCUGGCGACGCGGUCUGAGGGCCUCGCCAGCCCCCCAGCCGUGCCAGUCACGCAGUUUGCUCCAAAUGUGCAGCACCAGUUCAUGCAGACUGCGGCUGCGCCUACCCAGCAGUUGCUGGCAACAUCUGUGGCGCCACCGUAUGAAACAAAGCGGGCCAUAAUGCUUAAUUCUAUGAUGCCACCACCACAGCAAGCGAUGAUGAACGUCGUGCUUUCUCCUCAACAUGUUCUGUUGGCUUCUUCCAUGAUGCAAUCACGCCCAACGUCUCUUGUUUCAACACAAACAUUCCCUGUUCCACAGGAUUUAUUGCCGAAAGUUCAACAUGUGGGGGACACUGGGAAUGUGUUGCCGCAGCAACUGCUGAAUUCCGGGAGGCUUGCGCAGUUUGGCUGA